UUGACAGGAACAAUACGUAUUACUAGCGACUUUGGCCAGACUAUUUGAAAAGCACGACAGCCCCGCCGCAGUCAAAGGCUGUCAUUCUUCACUCCAUCUCGCCACAGCUUCCAACUUGUUUGUCCCGGCCCCGAUAACAAGUACUCGACCAGUAUCGCUCCCGUGCCAAGACGAUCUAUAACAUGAUUGUACUGUCGUUCCUGUUCCUUGCCUUGCGCAGUGCGCAGCUGGUCUUCGCCCUGAUUGUUCUUGGCAUCUCCGGACACAUCUCUGCGAGUUGGGCAACCGUCACUUCAGGCUCCUCCAAAUUGUCAACUGUUGUGCCCUCAGAGGUCACCUGGAUGAUAAUAUGCUCAAUUAUCGCCUUGAUUUCCGUCAUCUACCUCGAACUUGCCCCGAAAUUCCUUCCCUCAGUAUCACACCCUUACGCUUCCAUCACCCUCGAAACAACAAAUUCCAUGUUCCUGCUGGCCGGGAGCAUCGCCUUGGCCGCCUUCCUUAACAAAUUGUCGCCGGCUGCAUCUUCGACUUGCCCCUUCUCCUCGUCCACACCUGGAGCUGGCACGCCCUGGAGCGGCCACUGCAUCAACAUUGCCGCCGCCGCGGCAGCAGCUGCGCUAGGCAUUAUUGCCUCGCUUCUGUGGGCCGCGAGCGCAUUCCUCACGGUAAACGACAUGUUCAAGCUCAAACAAACGCGCAUCAACCUCACGAGGAAACUGUCUGUGUUCUCGGUGAACAAGGAGACCAUCGGAAAGCACGAGACUGUAUGAGCUGGACAAUAAUGCUCGUACGAGUGAAAUCAUUUGCGGUUGCUUGCACAGAUUUAGCGCUUGGCCUGGUAUGAUACCGGAUUAUCUGAUUUUGAUACCCAUGAUUUACAAAAGCGACGGUG